AUGGCUUCCGCAAGUCGCACCUUCGUCCGCUCGCUGCGGGCUACGCCAGCUACGCAGGCAUUUAAGACGACCUCUACUCGGCGCAUAGUAUCUCGAAGCUUCCAACAACAAGCUCGUCGGAGCUACUCGAGCGAGUCCGGAAGCUCCUCAGGCAGCAGCAGCAGCAGUACAUACAUCUGGGGAGGUCUGGCAGCCGCGGGUCUGCUCGGAGCAGGAGGCUACUUCGCCCUCAACAGCAAGACAUCAUCCGACACCAAAGCCAACACCGUCUUCACACCCACGCCCGAAGACUACCAGAACGUCUACAACGCCAUCGCCAAGAAGCUCGUCGAUGAAGACGAAUACGACGACGGCUCGUACGGCCCCGUCCUGCUGCGUCUGGGCUGGCAUGCCUCGGGGACAUACGACGCGGAGACCGGCACGGGCGGGUCGAACGGUGCCACGAUGCGCUUUGCCCCGGAGCGGGACCACGGUGCCAAUGCUGGGCUGGUGGUCGCGCAGCGCUUCUUGGAGUCGAUCAAAGAGCAGUUCCCCUGGAUUACAUAUUCGGAUCUCUGGACUCUAGCUGCUGCUUGUGCGAUUCAAGAGAUGGGCGGGCCGAAUAUCCCCUGGCGACCGGGACGGGCUGAUCGCGAUGUGGCAUAUUGUACGCCUGAUGGACGUCUGCCGGAUGCGAGCAAGGAGCAGAAUCAUCUGAGGGCGAUUUUCGGUCGCAUGGGGUUUAAUGAUCAGGAGAUUGUGGCGCUUUCUGGUAAGCAAUGUUCCUUCUUUCAUGAGAGAAGCUAGCUGUGUAGAUUCCACCGCUGACUCUUCCCGCGUGUGCUCCCCAACAGGCGCCCACGCCCUCGGCCGCUGCCACACGGACCGCUCCGGCUUCGACGGCCCCUGGACCUUCUCCCCGACCACCCUCACCAACGACUACUUCAAACUCCUGCUCGACGAGAAAUGGCAAUGGCGCAAAUGGGGCGGCCCCCAGCAGUACGAAGACAAGAGCACCAAGAGUCUGAUGAUGCUGCCGACGGACCUAGCCCUCAUCAAGGACAAACACUUCCGUCCGUAUGUGGAAUUGUACGCCAAGGAUGUCGAUAAGUUUUUUGGGGAUUUCUCGGAUGUUGUCGUCAGGCUGUUUGAGUUGGGAGUGCCGUUUGCUAGUGGGGAGGGGGAGAGGAUUGUUUUUAAGAGGUCGGAAUAG